AUGCCUUUCAUUCUAGUCUGUGAGCAACCACCUGCCACGGCACUCGUGUUCGGGGGCAUACUCUCGGAGCAGGUAGAAUCGUCCCGGCACCCAGGCGUUCCCUGGGUGCUAGUGAACCUGGUGACUGCCCUCCGCAUGCGUGGCCUUGAUGCGGAGGGCCUAUUCCGAGUGCCCGGUCGAGCACUUAGAGUCCAACAAAUAGAAUCGCUCGCAAAUACCGACCGUCUCAUAUCUGAUGAUGAGUUAUUUGAUGGCCGCGUAAUCGCGUCUGCUAUCAAACGCUACCUGGCAGCACUGCCGGAUAGCCUGUUGGACGUUGACGCCUUUGUGCCAAUCAUGGCAAAGGAAUUUGGGCGGUCUGUGCGGACACCGGCGGGCCUGGCACGAGCUCUGGGGCAAAUGCAGGCUGCUCUCACCUCUUCCAUUGGCUGUCCCGGUGGAAGGAUUGCGCACGGCAGGGAGAGCGGGUGGCGUUCGGCAACUCUCAAUUACGUCAUGUGUCUACUACGGGAGGUUGUGAGCCUUCGGGCCUACAACCGCAUGUCCCCUCGGGCACUGGCCCUGUGCCUGUCGCCCGCUCUCUUUGGCACUACCGAUAAUGCCGAGACCAACAGCCAGGUGCUAGAGUUCUUAAUUGAGCACUGGCCUUGGCUGUCGAGUGGUCUACACCGCCGGGGCGGGCAACCGGUGUCCGCUCUGAAUCCACCAGUUUUUUUGCCGAAGAUUGUAUCUACGCCUGCCGGUAAGUCUCUUCUUCCGCUAUUGACUGCUGCCACAUUGUCCGUCGAAUGUACGCUCUCCUAUUAG